CAUGUAGCGAAGUUAUACCUAAAUGGCUUGUUGCGUCGAGUAUUUCUUCUUAAAAAGCCAAGUAAACAAGUAACCCUUAUCCAUCCAUCAUGAGCAUCAAUGAGACAAGUGCAGACAAGAAUGGCAGCGCUUAAUCGACAAGAUCUAGAACAACUAGAUUUGCAACAUGACACUCAAGAAAACCAGGACGACUGCAACAACGCGCUACAUUCGAAAUGGCGCCGUCCACUGAUUAUCAUAGCAGCCUUUAUGCUUAACUUUUCUGGUUGUGGACUACUCUUUAGUUGGGGUAUCUACCAAGCGCAUUAUGAAGAGAUGUCAAAAUCCUCAAACAAUCCUUUUUCGAAAGCUACAUCAGCUGAUAUUACUUUGAUUGGGAGCAUUGCGGCAUCUCUCACGAAGCUCUGCGCCCCUUUGGCCGUGGCUUGGUCCAAGGAAUUUACGCCCCGCGCCGUAAUCCUCACUGGCGGAAUUCUCUACGGGGUGGCAAGCGUCUUAGCAAGCUUUAGCAAGGAUCUGUGGCAGUUCCAAUUAACGCAGGGGCUUCUGAUUGGCAUUGCGACAUGCCUCUCAUUCAUGCCAUCUAUGGCUGUGCCCCCUGCUUGGUUUAACAAGAAUCGCGCUCUCAGCAUGGGUGUUAUCUCUUCCGGCACUGGAAUAGGUGGCUUGGUUUGGUCACCAAUUCUCUCAAUCUGCAUUCGCGACUUGGGAUAUCGGGAUACUCUUCGCUUGACUGGGUGCGUCUGCUCUGUGUUGAUCUGCAUUUCCGCGCUUGCUUUGGAUUGGGAACCGGAGAUGGCAGGUAAAUUUCACGCCGAGAGGUCAAAAGGCACCCUGUUAUCAAGAUUGCUCUACAUACAAUUUCCAUCGAAAAGAGUCGCCUUCUCGCGCAAAUUUGCUGCCCAAAGCCUCAAUGCGGCUCUACAAAGCGCGGCCUACUAUACUCCCGUCUUCUACAUUGCAUCGUACUCCAAAUCACUUGGAUAUAGUGAUUUUCAAGGCUCAAACUUCACAUCCCUCAGCAACGCCUGCAAUGCCAUGGGAAAGAUUGUAGUGGGAUUCAUAGCUGAUCGUAUUGGGAGAUUGGAUUCCUUCUGCAUAACAACGCUCCUCAGCUCGGUAUCUACAGCUGGGCUUUGGGUCCCUAGCUCUGCUAUCGGAAACUACAAUAUAUUACUAAGCAGAGGUCUUUUCAUUGGGUUUACCGUUAUCUACGGCCUGUUUGCCAGUGCCUACAUAGGGUUAUUCUCUCCCGCAUUGUUCGAGAUAUUUGGUGCCAAAGAUCAGCCACGGGUUGUUGGCUUCAUGUACAUGCUACAAGGUGCCGCUGGCCUCAUCGGAACACCUGUCGCUGGAGCAUUGAUACGUGGCCAAGACGCGGCAUCACCACCUGGGAAUUACUUGCACAUGGCUAUUUUUACCGGUGCUUUGAUGAUUGCGUCUGUAAUGUGCGUCCUGUGGGCGUGGAUGGAGGUUCUACAAGAACGUAGAAAUAAAAGCGUCGAAUAAUAUCAUUAAAGCAUAUCUAGAGGGGUUGUAGCUCCAAAAAUAAUCAACUAGAGGGUAAGCAUGCUUACUUCAAGAGAAAUUUACUACGGCAACUGGAUUCAGUAAUUCUCUUCGAACUCUCGCGUUGAACCAUGAAUGUGACAUUCAGAUAACCCUAGACACUCUUUUCAAAUUAUGAACACAGCAUAGAUUAGACUCUCUUAAAGGGUUUAUCUUUAACUAGAGUUAUGCUAAAGCCUGUUGUUACGGGACGAUUAAUCACUUAACAAUUAUGGCCAUAAUUUAGUUAAAAGUAAUUGUCUAUAAAAUACCC